CUUGGUAACACUUUUUAACUUGGAUAUUUUGAUACUUUGAAUUACCAAUGGAUUUCUUAAACGAUUCUUUUUCCCCCCUCGGAGACACAAAUUCAACUACAACAACAGCUGUAGAUGGGUCCCUUCACUGCAGCGCCAUCCUCCCUGUCAUCUUCGGCAUCAUCUGCUUUCUAGGUAUCAUGGGGAACUGUAUUGUGAUCUACACCAUCAUGAAGAAGACCAAGUGUCGUGCCAAGCAAACGGUUCCAGACAUCUUUAUCUUAAACUUAUCAAUUGUUGAUCUCCUGUUUCUUCUUGGGAUGCCAUUCCUCAUCCACCAGCUGCUGGGCAACGGCACCUGGCACUUUGGAGCCGCAAUGUGCACGGUCAUCACUGCGCUUGACUCCAAUAGCCAGAUUGUCAGUACUUACAUCCUCACUGCAAUGACUCUUGACCGUUACUUGGCUACAGUCCAUCCCAUCCGCUUCAACUACAUCCGCACACCUUUUGUGGCAUCGCUGGUCAUUGGUCUUGUGUGGGCUUUGUCCUUACUCACUAUCAUCCCGGUGUGGAUGUAUGCAGGCCUGAUGCCUCUCCCGGAUGGCCUGGUGGCCUGUGCUCUCCUUCUACCUGACCCAGUCACUAGCAUAUACUGGUUUACACUUUAUCAGUUCUUCUUGGCAUUUGCUAUACCUUUAGCCAUCAUCUGCCUGGUGUUCUUCAAAAUCCUCCAGCACAUGUCCGCCAGUGUGGCUCCACUGCCUCCAAGAAGUUUGAGGGUGCGCACCAGGAAGGUGACACGGAUGGCAGUGGCCAUCUGCCUAGCCUUCUUCGUCUGCUGGGCCCCUUACUACAUCAUUCAGCUGAUCCACCUAGGAGUGAAGAAGCCAAGCGUAGCUUUCUCCUAUGCCUACAACAUAGCCAUUAGCAUGGGAUACGCUAACAGUUGCAUCAACCCAUUCCUCUUCAUUAUUCUCAGUGAGACCUUCAAGAGGCAGUUUCUCAGGGCUGUACGCCCAGUAAAUAGAAAGUUCCGUGUACACCCGAGCACCACAGAUGGCGCCAGUGUGAGUGUGAGAAUGAUACCUGAAGGGGCUCACCAGGAUCCACCCUCUGGGGAGAUGCCACAGUCCAACGAGGCCCCACAAUGAAUCAAAUCAAAAAUAAUUUCACCAUGUAUCACUGUGGAUCUGUGCAAGUGUCAAGCACGACAUACGGGAUAUUACCACAAGUACUUA